AUGCUCACAGCGUUCGUGGGUUCACCCUCCCCAGGAACACAGUUGUGCGGCUCUCUGGGGGCCUGGAGGAGUCAAGUCAACAGGCAGGGUACAGCCGAGGGUGAUGGCAGGGCUGGGAGAAUCUCCUCUUUCCAGCUCAAACUCAGCCCACUCAAGGAGCCUCUCAGCUUCAUGAAAGUCCUCGAGUGGAAUGCUUCCAUCUUUGCUUUUGCUACCUGUGGAGGUUUUAAGGGCAAAACAGAAAUUCAAGGGCCUUGUGCUUAUAAAGUUCCUGAGACUAGAAUGACUCCAGCUACUUUUGGUUAUCCAUUCACGUUGAAUGAAGCAUUGUUUCAGAUGCCUCAAAAUGUAAAUAUCUGUAAUGUCCAUUGGAAAAAUUAUGUCCUUAUUGGAGAUUACUCUUCUGCACAGUUCUGUGUUACUUUUGCAGUCUUUGUCUUCCUGUACUGCAUUGCUGCUCUUCUGCUCUAUGUUGGUUACACUAACCUGCAUCGUGAUAGUUAAAUGCUUUCCAUGAGACUUUGUAAUUACUAUUGUUGCCACUUUUUUGUGGUUGGUGAGCACUUCGGCUUGGGUUAA